AUGUGCGAAGAAGCUUUCAUAGACGCACACGGCUACAUGCUCAACAUCCUCGAAAGCCUAGCUCCACCAGUUCCUCAAAAUAUAUCUGCCGCCGAAGCAUCGUUGAGCACAUCUACCGGGUUGCGAUCUCGACGGCUACCGCGCAUCGACAUACCGAAGUUCUCAGGCGACUACUCAGAGUGGAGUCACUUCCGGGAUCUUUUCACGUCAAUUAUCAUAGACAAUUCCGAGCUCUCAGAAAUUGAAAAACUCCAUUAUCUCAAAAUGAGCCUUUCUGGCGAACCUUCACAACAUCUAAAAAACAUCGCAAUGACUGGUGAAAACUUCACUCGCGCGUGGGAAAAUCUCAUCUCUCGAUAUGAAAAUAAACGAAUUCUUAUCGACGCUCAACUAACGUGCCUCCUCGCGACCCGAAGAAUAAAAACAGAAAACGCAGCCGAUAUCAAACGGCUCUUUGGCGAUACUAAGGAAGCCAUCGGCGCGCUCGAAACUCUCGGUUGUCCCGUAAAACAGUGGGACCUCAUUAUCGUUUUUUUAAUGGUUCAAAAGCUUGAUGCCGAAUCGCUGAAGAGAUGGGAAGACUCACUAGGAGCCAAAACAGAUCCGCCCUCGUUCGCGGACUUCGAGACCUUCCUAAUCAGCCGCAUCUACACGCUCGAAGCUUUCGAAAGAUCGCUGCCUCGAAAACAACAAAUAAAUUCGUCGACCUCGCGACCUUCAGGCGCACGAUCAUAUAUCGCUACCGCGCCGGAACAAAAGUGUGUGUUGUGCGCCGCGGGACACUACCUUUCGUCGUGUUCCAAAUAUCUAGAGAAGCCAUACGACCAACGACGAGGGUUAGUCCUAUUGAAGAAUCUCUGUUUCAAUUGCCUUGGGCCUCAUCAGUUAAAAAUGUGUCGCAAUACAAAACGCUGCCGAAUCUGUCGAAAGCAACACCACACAACGUUGCACGCACCGAACAGCAACAGCGAUACCGUCGCGAACAUAACUCCCGCAGCGUCCAUCUCAGCGGCUCAACCAACCGCUCACGCAAGUACUCUUCAAGAAGCAAAGCACACUAACCAGCUCAACAUCAACCAAUCCCAAGACUAUCAAGCUUCAAGCCAUCUCUCGCAAUCAAGAACCAGGCGUCGCGCCCCUGCUCUGUUAGCUACCGCCGUAGUAAGAGUUCUAUCUCGACACGAUCAAUCAUCGCAACUUCGAGCGUUACUAGACCAAGGAUCAGAAGUGUCAUUCAUCUCUGAAUCCGCUGCUCAAUCACUAAAGCUCCCGCGUCGCUCCGCGGCUAUCCCAAUUGUCGGUAUCGGUGCUCAACGAAACAGCGUUUCAAACGGCAUCGUACAACUCCGUAUCGCCUCACUGUAUGAUUCAUCGAUCUAUUUCGAAAUUGACGCUCUCGUUUUACCGAAAUUGACGCAUAUAUUCCACCCGCUCAACUCGAUAUAA